AUGUCAACCGAACAGGUCAUAGCCGCCGAUGCUGCAGGCAUCGUUUGGAAAGAAAUGAAGAGCGAGAAUGGUGCAACCUUUGAAGUUGGCGUCAAGCUUAGCAGCGGAGCUAUUGACGAGGGGGAACCCGACCGCCCACGCGAUGGGCCCCCUAUUGCUGUCGAUUGGCCAGUCGGCGACGAUACCUGGAAGGACGUCGAUACUGGAGCAAAGGGCAUUACGCGCUACAAACUCCACUCCAACUCGCCAUCCAUAUGGAAAUACAGGUUGGACUUUUCCAACGUUCGCACAGGGCAAUUCGUCUUCUUCGACGAGAGCGGCGACGGAUACAAGGUUUCGACGUAUCAAAUUGGUGAUCACUAUUUCUCGGACACCGCUUUCACGCUACGCGACGUUAAGUCGGUUAUUAUUUUCGACCAAGGAGCAUCGAAAUCUACGAAUCAGACCAAAAUCAAUAAGCCUAAUAUAGUUUACAGAGAACGUCGGCACUACGUCGAUUCUAGAAUGCGGGUGUACUUCCAAGAUUGA